AUGGAAAACAAAGGCGCGGGUCCGUUGCGCGUCCCUGGCUUUGGAGAUAUUCCUCUAGAGGAGGAGCUUCCCAUUUCACGACGGUUCGCGCACGGCAUCAAAGAGUGGAAGCAAGUCCCUGCAAUCACCCAGCGCGAACGCACGAUGGUCGCCGUCAUGAACGAAUUGACUGACAGACCGAAUUGGGACAUGGACAUUUUCAACCAAUAUACAGUGGAUCGAUGGCGGGACGAAAUUCUUGGUUCGACACCCUGCAUGAGCGAAAAGGCAUGGGAGUGGUGCGUGGCCGAGCUACGCGACAAAGGAGCUUACUUGAAGGACAAUGGGUAUUUUCGCGUCCUGGACACUGGGUCAUGCGUUUGCAAGUCGGAUACGCUAGUCUCCCAAGGGCUUUGCGCCAAAUUUCGGUCAGGACUUGAGUCAGUGCUUGCACAACAUGAAGGACACAGACAGGAUGGCGUCUACACAUAUGUUGAUCCAUCAUUGUAUCCGUUGGUCUGGGGGAAGAGUCCGGUCCUGACUCAAGUCGCGCGUCAAGGUGAUGUUGUGAGCAGUCCCAAGUCCGCAGAAGAGAGAGCACCAGAACAUGCAGACAAAAGAGUUGGGUCGGAAAGAGUGCAAGAGCGUAUGAGUAGUGGGAGACAUGAGCCUUGGCACUAUGCUUUCCAAGAGGAGGAAUACGAAAGCAAACAGGCAUACUUCUGGUCAUACAACUUUCAGUGGCUCCCGAGCGAAGUCGAGUUUACAAAAUCUGCGAGUACCGACGUGCGGCUUACCUCGUACGUCAAUGGCCUCAGCCCUACUCAUACAUCUCUCUAUGAAAGCCUGGAAAAGAUCAUAUCGCUGUCAAUCGAGCCAUGGAAUGAUUGCCUCAUCAAGGGGCAGACAGAGUGGGAAGAACCUGGCACAAGGCUUCCCAAUGGCUGGGCGCCGCCUGGCAAUUCCAGGAAACAGCGAGGACGAGUACCUUGUCGAAUAAUCACUUACGGCGUUGAGUGGGAAAACGAGGCUCCGGAAUGGACUCCAUUAUUCGAGACUGGUCGGCGAAGCCGGCUCAAGACGUACUUGGAUAAGCUAGCUGAUGUCGAGGCCAUCAAGCAAGAAAAGCCCCCAAAGGAUGCGGACAAGAGAACCAAGAUGGAAUACAAGCUGCGUCUAAAGGAGGCCCAGAGGAGGCUCUCAGGGCUUUCAGACAUGGAGGGCCUUGAGCCGUUGCCUGAGCCAACCCCUGACCAAUGGAUUAAGGCAAAAGAAUAUCUCGAGCGCCCAGAGCCUGGCUUGGGUGCGCCCAUAGUACUGCCCGAAGGAUGGGAGCAAAACGCGCGUCUGCUACUCAGUCAAAAAAUCAGACGACUCCUGCAAUACAAACACCCGGAACCAGGCUCGGCUUUUUCCUACGAUCAGUGGAAGCACGGUACCCACGGUGGGAGAGCAGUAGUUGACAUGGUUACCGAUAGACCGAUAAAUCCCAACGCCACACCUCUCAGGACUCCACAUGAGCCUUACACGGUUUGUCUGCAAGACGAAUUUCAAUGCCAAGGUCUUCAAGUGAUCACGCGCAUUCAAGGCGUUUCACUGAGCCCCGAGAACCCAGAAUAUGCUGGAAGCACGUGGGAGCUUGCUGGGCAGAAGAACGAGCACAUUGUUGCGAUUGCCAUAUUGGCAUACGACGUGCAUAACGUUACCAAAAGCCACAUGUCCUUUCGACAGGAGACUGAAGUUGGCGAAGGUUUCUUCCAUUACGGACCAUAUCUCUAUCAAGACAAGCAGAAUCGGAAUAGGUACAAGGAACCAGCUCAUCGGAUAUACAAGUGGGGUGAGGUAGAAGCCAUAUCCGAAGUCUUUGGCUUCGAUCCAUAUCAGAUGUGUGGAGACCAUCACGACUUUGCAUUGCCUAUGCUAGAUAUCGGCAAAGUGGCUCUCCCACAAGGACGGCUGCUAACUUUCCCCAACAUCAUGGAGAGCCGACGAGAGCCGUUCCGGUUGGAAGAUCCCACACAGCCAGGGCAUCAUCGGUGGGUAACGCUGAUGCUGGUGGAUCCGAAUUAUCGAAUCUGUUCUACGAGGAAUGUGCCACCGCAGCAGGCGGAUUGGAAGGAGAAAGACGGUGAAGGGAAGGGGAAUGAGAGAUGCUUCCGCAAGGAAGAGGCAGAGGAUCAUAGAAGGGAGAUGGAGAAGGAGCGUGCUUGGAUGCAGUAUGCGAGAUAUGAUAGGAUGGGGACAUUUUUCUUCUGUUAA